GGCUGGAGGGGGGCUCGCGGAUCUCCCGGGGACCCCCCAUGAGCGCCCCCGAGCGCGCAGCGGACGCCGAGCCGAAGCUGGAGGCGGUGAUCCAGAAGCUGGAGAGCAGCGUGCUGACCUCACGGGAGGGGAAGAGUCUUACCAUUCGGGGCAGCUCUGAGGCCGUGCCACCCACCCGCCUGCCCGCCCGGAUCCGAGAGAUCAUUGCCAAGAACCUGUCGGAACAGGAGAGCCCAGCAGCCUACCCUGGGGAGAUGUCGUCGCUCCUCUCUCUCCAGGAGGAGAACCGCAUCCUGCAGCAGGAGCUGUCCCGUGUCGAGGACCUGCUGGCACAGAGCCGGGCCGAGCGCGAUGAGUUGGCCAUCAAAUACAACGCCAUCAGCGAGAGGCUGGAGCAGGCCCUGCGCCUGGAGACCGGGGAGCGAGAGCGGGAGUCGCUGGAGAACAAGAGCCUGGCCCAGCAGAACAUCGAGCUGCGGCGCCGCCUGGAGGAGGAGCAAGCCGCCUACAAACGCAAGCUCCAGGCCUACCAGGAGGGCCAGCAGCGGCAGGCGCAGCUUGUCCAGAAGCUGCAGGCGAAGGUUCUGCAGUACAAGAAGAAGUGUGGGGAGGUGGAACAGCAGCUGCUGGAGAAAUCAACCGAGCUGGAGCAGCAGAGACUCACCAGCCGGCUGGACAUGACGGACUCACGCCUGCGCCAGGACGAAGAGCACAGCAACGACCUGGAGAACGCGCUCAUCCGGCUGGAGGAGGAGCAGCAAAGGAGCGCCAGCCUGGCCCAGGUCAACGCCAUGCUGCGGGAACAGCUGGAUCAGGCCAACGCCGCCAACCAGGCCCUCAGCGAGGACAUCCGGAAGCUGACGACCGACUGGACCAAAGCUCGCAACGAGCUGGAGCAGCGGGAGGUGGAGUGGAGGCGAGAGGAGGAGUCUUUCCACACCUACUUCAGCAAUGAGCACUGCCGGCUGCUGACGCUCUGGAGGCAGGUGGUGGGCUUCCGGCGCCACUUCAGUGAGAUGAAGACCAUGACCGAGAGGGACCUGUCGGAGCUGAACAACGAGCUGUCCAGGUCCGGCCGCACCAUUCACACCGCCUGCCUGAACCUGAGCAGCAACCUGCGUCUGUCGGAGAGCAGCGCCAGCGCGGCCCUGGAGAAGCAGGCUCUGCUGCUGGCCCAGCUGGAGGAGCAGCUGAAGGACAAGGUGCGCGACAUGAUCCAGCUGCAGGUCAGGUGUGACAUGGAGAAAGCAGAGCUCGGCACCAGAAUCGCUGAGAUGACAGCCACCAUGGAACGCUUGAAAGCCCAGAACUCGGAGAAGGAGAAGACGAUCGAGACUCUGACCCAGAAACUGGAAAAUCUGGAGGCUGCGCGGGUGCAGGAGCAGGCAGCACUGGAGGCUGAGGAGAUCGAGGCCUUGCGGACAGAGUCGGAGAUGCUCCAGCAGACCCUGCGAGACCUUGCUCAGGCCGUCCUGUCCGACACUGACAGCGCCAUCCACCUCACAGGCACGGAGCGAACGACGGACGUUUCGGACAGCGACACCACAGGAUUCAGCCUGCGGGGCCUCUCCUCCAGCCUUCGCACCCCGUCCCCGCUCCGGCGCUCCUCCCCCCGGCGUAGCUCCUCGCCCCGGCGCAGCCUCUCGCCAGCUUUCUCCGACUCCACGCUGGCCGUAGUGCACUCUGCCUUGCAGAAGAGGCAGCUGCAGGUGCAGGACAUCCGCGGCAAGUACGAAGCCAUCCAGGAGCUGGUGGGCUCCCUGAAGAAGCAGCUGGCGGAGAGAGAUCAGGAGCGCCGCUCCCUGGAGCAGAAGAUCCUGCAGCUGAAGGACGACAUUGACUGCUCCUUGCGGGCCAAGGACGAUGCCGUGCGGGAUGCCAGCCGCUUCCGCUCCUCGGCUGACCUGCUGGGCAGCGAGAAGAGCAACCUGGAGCGAAGCCUGCAGGCCCUGCAGCAGCACGUGGAGGCCCUGCGGCAGGAGAGCGAGAGGCUGCAGCUGGCCAACAGAGACUUGCAGCGGCAGCGAGAGCACCUGGAGGAUGAGAAGGAGGACAUCGCGAAGGACAAGGAGCGGGCGCAGAAGGAGAUUGAACGCGGCCACAAACAGCUGGAGCAGCUGGAAGUGAAGAAAUCUGGUCUGAAAAAGGAGCUGAUGCUCGUUAAGGAGGCUCUGAACAAAGCCACCCUGGAGAGGGAGGUGUCUGAGAAUGAGAAGGUGGAGAUGGCGGAGGCUCUUUCCAGGGCGGAGGCCGGCCGGGCCGAGCUGGAGCUGACCACUAGCAAGCUGAAGGCAGAGGAGGCGUCGUUGCGUGACUCGCUGUCCAAGAUGAGCUCCCUGAACGAGGGGCUGGCCCAGGAUAAAAUCGAACUCAACAGGAUCAUCAGCCAGCUGGAGGAGGAGAAGGUGGCCCUGCUGGGGCAGAAGCAGGAGAUGGAGCAGGAGAAGACCUCGAUCCGUGACGAGCUGGUCCGGCUGGAGCAGGAGAAGCUGGAGCUGGAUGCGGAGAGGCAGGGCCUGCAGCACUCCCUGCAGGAUGUGGAGCAGCGGGAGAGGCUGGAGCGGGAGCUGCUGGGCCUGCAGAAGGAGAGGGUGCAGCUGCAGGAGCAGCUAGGGCAGCUGUCCCGCCAGAGGAACGCGGCCAGCGAGGAGCUGGGGCAGGCGCGGCGGGAGCAGGAGCGGCACAGCGACGCCCUGCUGCGAGUGGCCAGGGAGAAGGAGGGGCUGAUGAAGGAGAAGGCCAGCCUGGUGGUGCAGCUGGCGGCAUCAGAGCGGGAGAACAGGGGGCUGGCAGAGGAGAUCACUGGGCUCCGGUCGGAGAAGGAUGCCUUGGAGACCACCCUCUUUGACAUCCAGCAGCAGCUCGCUCAGAUGGAUGCCCGGAAGGAGCAGCUGGAGGCCGACAGCCAGAACCUGCUCCUGGCCAAGGAGAUGCUGCAGGUGGAGCUGGCCAGCAUCCGCAAGCAGAGGGAGAUGGACAUGACCCGGCUGGAGAGGGAUAAGGAGCUGCUGGCUCAGAAGUUGGCUCAGACGGAACAGGAGACCCAGGUCACGCUGAGAAACAAGCAGGCAGCUCACGAGGAGGACGUCGAUCGGCUCCAAAGGGAGAAGGAGGCGGUGCGCCUGGAGUUGGGGUCGGAGCGGGAGGAGCUGCUGCACCGGCUGGGCCGCGAGCGGGAGGAGCUGCUGGCCCGCUACGAGGCAGAGAAGGAGGAGCUGAGUGAGGAGAUCACCGCGCUGCAGCAGGAGCGGGACGAGAGCCUCCUGCAGGCGGAGAACGAGAAGCAGCAGGCCCUGUCCCUCAAGGAGUCGGAGAAGACCCUCCUGUCGGAGAAGCUGACCAGCGCCCAGCACAGCCUCGCCAGCGUGACCGUGGAGAUGGAGCGGCAGAAGCGAGAGGCCAUGAGCCGGCAGGAGCAGGACCGGAGCACCAUCAAUGCCCUGACCUCAGAGCUGAAGAGCUCCCGGGUGCAGUUGGAAGAAACCGUCGCGGCCCAUGAGCGGGAGGCCCGGGGGCUGCAGGAGCAGGUCAAGGAGCUGGCCAGGCAGCGGGAAUGCACCCUCCGUGAGGUGGAGGAGCUGAAGACCCAGCUGCGCAUGGUGGAGGAUGCCCGGGACAGCAUCCGGCGGGACGUGAUCGAGGCCCACCGGAAGGUGCGGGAGAGCCAAGAGGGCCACGAGAUCCAGAGGAAAGACAUCCUGGACCUGCGGCGCAGCCUGAGCGACGAGGCCAAGGAAAAGGAGGCCCUGCAGAGAUCCAACCAGGAGCUGCGGGCUGCCAUCAAGCGAGCGGAGAGCGACCGCAUCAGCUUGAAGCGGGCCAACGAGGAGAAGGAGCAGAAGCUGUCCAUUCUGGAGGAGUCGCGGGCGGCUGCGGGCAAGGAAGCCGCCGACCUGCGGAGCAGCCUGCAGGAGGUGGAGCGAUCACGGCUGGAGGCCCGCAGGGAGCUGCAGGAGCUGAGGCGACAGAUCAAGAUGCUGGACAGCGAGAACACCAAGAAGAACAAGGAGGUGGCCGAGCUGCAGGCCCGGGUGGCACUGGACGAGCAGCGGGAGGAGGAGAGCCGGCGGGAAUCCUUCGGCCUCAAGCAGAAGAUUGUGGAGAGCGAAGCCAGCAGGGAGUCCGCCAGGAAGGAGCUCCACAACCUGCAGCGGAAGCUGUCGGAGCAGGAGGGUGAGUUCCGGGUGCGGGAGAAGGACCUCCUGGGCAGUCUGGAGGAGGCCCGCGGCAAUGAGAAGAAGCUGCUGGACAACGCCCGCAACCUGGAGAUCAAGUUGGAGAAUGCUCAGGCUGAGGCGGCCGAGCUGAGCCUCCGGCUGAGCGCCGCCGAGGGCCGCGCCCAUGGCCUGGAGGCCGAGCUGGCUCGAGUGGAGGGUUUGAAGCGGGACGUGGAGUUCAAGCUGGGGAGCCUGCAUUCCGCCCUGAGGCGCACCAUGGGCAUCAGCUGGGGCGGCCGGGCCCCCAGCCCAGCCAUCAGGGGGCGUAGCAGCUCCCCCAAAAGAUUCUUCUCCCCUGCCAAAGGUGACAACGCAUACAGCACCACGGACGGGCACGGCAGCCCCACCCCACGGGCGGGGAGCCCUGAGCGCAGCCCCAGCUCGUGCCCUCUGUCUCCGGAGCGUGCCCUCUCGCCCAGCCGCAGCGAGCAGCUGGUGGCGGAUAUCGACCCUGAAGUAGUGCGGGCCGCCCUCCGGGACUUCCUGCAGGAGCUGCGGGAGACCCAGCGCGAGCGGGAUGACCUGCGGGCCCAGCUGGGCAGCCUGACCCGCCAGCUGGCCGAGAUGGAGUCCGAGCAGGACAGCGCCAGCACCCGAGUGCAGCAGCUGCAGAAGCUCGUGACUGAAAGCGAGGAAGGGAGGCGCAGCGCGGAUGGCAAGCUGAGCAGCGCCCAGACCGCCCUCCUGCUGCAGGAGGAGGCCCUCCACCGCAAGGAGCGGGAGCGCAAGGCAUUGAUGGACAAGGUGACGGCGCUGGAGCGGAACCUGCAGUCGGCAGACAGUGACCGGCGAGCCACCCAGGAGAAGAUCAGCAAGAUGAAAGCCAACGAGGCCAAGCUGGAGACCGACAAGCGGCGGCUGAAGGAGAUCCUGGACGCCUCAGAGAGCCGCUGCACCAAGCUGGAGCUGCUGCGGCGCUCGCUGGAGGGGGAGCUGCAGAGGGUGAAGCUGGUGCUGAGUGACCGGGAGAUGGAGAUCCAGGUGCUGCAGGACCGCGGUGACAUGCUGCAGAGACAGGUCACCGACAGCGAGACGAAAGCCAAUGCCCUGCAGCUCUCCGUGGAGCGACUGCACCUCACCCUGGCCAAGGCCGAGGAAGGCGAGAGCGCCCUGAAGGACAAGGUGCAGGGCCUGGCCCUGUCUCUGUCGGAGAGCAGCGCCAACGCCGGCGCCACCCAGGAGAAAGUGCUCCAACUGCAGAAGGCGCUGACAGCCAGCGAACAUGACCGCCGAGUGCUGCAGGAGCGGCUGGACGCUGCCCGCCAGGCGGUCUCGGAAGCCAAGAAGCAGAACAGCGGGCUGGCCGACCGGGUCCAGGAGCUGAAAACCGAGCAGGUGGAGCUGGAGCUGCAGAAGGAGGAGCUCCAAGGGCAGGUCCGGCAGCAGCAGGAGCUGCUGCGCCAGUGCCAGGAGAGCGAGAGCGCGGCCCUGCGGAGCCUGCAGAAGCUGCAGGAGGACAAACACCUGCUGCAGGAGCGGCUGGGCAGCCUGCAGCAGGCGCUGGCCCAGCUGGAGAGCGAGAAAUGGGAGGCAGAGCGCUCCUCCCUGCGGCUGGAGAAGGACAAGAUGGCCCUGAAGAAGACCCUGGACAAGGUGGAGCGCGAGAAGCUGAAGACGCACGAGGAUUCGGUGCGGCUGACAGUGGAGAAGGGCCAGCUGGACCGUUCCCUCAACACGGUGGAGCAGGAGUUGGCGGAGGCUCAGCGUCAGAUCCAGCUGCUUGAGGCUCAGGUAGUGGAGAUGGAGCAGACCCAGUCCCAGAGCCUGGUGGAGACGGCCACCCGCCACCGGCAGGAGCUGCAGCUGGAGAUCGAGCGGCUGCGCGGCUCCCAGCUGCAGGCAGAGCGCACGCUGGAGGCCAGGGAGCGAGGGCACAGGCAGCGCGUCAAGGGGCUGGAGGAGCAGAUCUCCACACUGAAGGAUCAACUGCAGCAGGAGCUGCGGCGGUGCCAGACCCAUUACUCUCACUCCUCUCUCCUCUCAGGGAACUAGGCUUCCUGCAUCUCCCUACCACCACCGUGACCAAGGAGCCUUCAGUGCGAAGCACCCGCCGGCUCUAUGCUCCAGCCGUGUGGCAGGGAAAUUGGGUUUGUAUAGAGGGGGGAUGCCCCUGCCAUCACCCUCCCCAUAUGGCCCUGUGGAUUCCUUGGGUGCUCAGACCUUUACAAAAGACCAGCACGCGCACACGUUCCCCUGAGCGUGCAUCGAGUCGAUCUGACAUGGAAUCGGGGAGCAUCUCAGAGCUGCUAAUUUGCCUUCUCCACUAAUGUAUCGUUACGGAUACGCUACAAAUGGAAACGAAUCAGUGACAAGGGGCAGCCUGGAUCUGAUUUUUCAGCAGCGCUGAGCACCCCCAGCUCAAAGCACAGUCCACUGGCGCUGGGGGUGCUCAGUGCCAGGCAAUCAGGCCCCAGGUGGCCUUGCUCAGAAGCCACCUUCAAUCCUUUUGUAGCAUCUUUCCAAUGGCGGGUGAAUUGUUACACUGGAUAGCAGCCCCCUUCCUUUUGAAGCAGGGAUAGAAGGUAACAUUGGCUAGUAGUCAGAACAGAGGAGUGAGGACUCCUGGGUUCUAUUCCAGAUGCUGCUGUGUCGUAUGAUUGACUCACUCUGUGCCUCAGUUUCCCCAUCUAAUGCAAGGCUAAUAAUACUGACCUCAUAGAGGAAUUCUGAGGCUUAACUAAUUACCAUGAUGUGCUCUGAGAUCCUCCACUGGAAGGUGCUCUACAAUAGGGUUAUUCGUAAGCAAUAUUAUUAAGUUUAAUAGAAACAGUGGCUUCUUUGUCCAGAGGGUCAUGCUGGGGCCUAACAUUAAAAAUGCCGCUCUGAAGGGGGGAGGGCAUUUGCAGGCCGACGAUUGAACGCCCAUGGGUGACUGGAGUCAAAACAGGGGCUCAGUCACCAGUGAAAUGGGUUUGCUGAUCGGUGUCAUCCCACUAUUUCAUUAACCCUAAAAGGCCCCUUCAAGCAAAAAUAUAUUUUGGGGGGCUGGUUGGGACCAAAAAAAAAUCUGCAACCAAACUGAACUAGGUCCUGCAAAACCAGCAUUUGCCUUCUCAGCAAGGACACUUCUGCCAUUCCAUUUUUUAAAAAAAGAGCACUUUCCUAAGCAGCAGGAGAAUGUAUAUUUGAUACGGCAUUUUUUACUGCAGUUUUUACUAGAGGUUUGGAAACUUUUCAAGACUUUGUCCUCACUAUUCGUAUGAAACCUGUUUCUGCAGCUCUGGUUCAUCCACUGUGUUGCCCAGAAGACCCAUAACCCUUUGUAGAAAAUGGGGGGUGGGAAGAUUUGUUUUUAUCAAGGAUUUGAGUUGGGUGCUCUGCUCUACCUUGACCGUCCCAGUUUGUUUCCCUUAGAGCAGAGAAGGGUCAGUUUCGCAGAACGCUAGUCUAAGCAGCUGUUGAUUUUUGAACAUUUGCUCCUCCAUUCCAGGUGUUUUCUCCUCCUCUCCACUAGCCAGCAGCCUUGUGCUCUGCAUGACCAUGUUGGCUGAGAACGUGCCCAUCGUGUAGCUGUGCGUCCAUUACCAUCUCAGGGCCCCCGUUCCUCCCAGCAUCCUACUCACCCCCAGUGCCUGCACUGGAACGACAUUGUCAUAAGCAAUAGGUGCUCUUAGUACAACCUGAGCCUGUAGCUGCUUCCUGAAACCAGUAGGUGAACAAACUCCACCAUGGAGCUGUAGUCAUUAAUCAUUGGUGCCUGCCAAAGCCUAGUUUAUUGCACGGCCAGUGAGCAGGGAGUGGAAAGCUGAAUGACCCUGAGACCCAGAAGAGCCAUGGUAACUGGGUUAGGAGGCACACUGAACAGUGAAAAGUUCCUUUUCCACAAUAGCAAUGAGAUGAGCAUUAGAGUUAGCAGCAGCCUGUGUACUUGGUCCAGCCUUGGCCUUGGUGUCUAGUUAAAAGGCCACUGCCAACUUGGGCACCGACGGCUGAAAAGUUUUAACUUAUUACAGGUCACACCAAGAUCCUGAGAAUUUAUUUUUCUCUCCGUUUGGUUUGGGCAUUUGACAGCACUGUGUGUUUAGUCAGUUUCACUGGGGCCCUUGUUUUAGGGGUGGGAGUUUAAGAUCGGAAAGUGGGAUUGUUAAACGUCAGCACCUGGAACAUCAUCACGCAGUUUUUGGAAACUGACCUGAUUCCAGGUUGUCCCAGACCCACAGCCUCCUCCAGUGACCCUUGGCUCUGCCUGUUAGGUUGAUGAGCAGAGCUGUCUACGCUAAUGACAGUAGCAUCUCUUCAGACUUUUCAGGUUGUGUGUCAAAAGGGAGAAUCGGCUGCAGAAGGGCAGCUGUAAAAUUAGAGCAGGAGAAGGAAAUGCACCUAGUGGAGGGGCUGUUGUGGGGAACUUUUCUCUAAUAACUGGCCUGGCUUUCUUGGGCAGGUGACUAGAAAGGCACCGAGAGGGCUGGGAAGAAACUCUGCAUCAGGUGCCAUGUUCUGAUCUCAGCCCCCAGCACUAGUGUAAUGUAACCCCCACAAGCACAGAGUUCUGCAGCCCCGCUGGAAAGGAGGAAGCCAAAUUAACUCCAUGGAGGCAGUGCAGGGCAGCCGUGAGCCUAGCAUAAGCUGUUAAGCUAGUGCUUGGCCGGGCUUUCUAAGCAAUCUGGGGCCCAGGAACGAUGGCUACGGGAGACUGGGGGAACUAGGCUCUGUUCACUGGUUUAAAGUACAGUUCUGCUCUCAAUGAAGCGUCUCAGCUCAGCUGUGCUCCAGUCACACGUCAGAUGCCCUCACUUUUGCUCUAGGCUCUGAGUCAACCUGGGCCCUUUCCCUCGCCUGUGUCAGCACUAAUGAUUCUGCAGGGACACUUCCCCCCCUCCGUGUCUGGCUGUGCUCACUGACGCAGGUGUAACUGGUUGGAAUUCAGCAAAGGGCUCUGCCUGCCCCAGGAUGCGAGAAGGCAGCUGUCACUUUCGGACAGUGUUAGCCCUGCAGGAGCCAACACUUAAUUAAAAAAAAACAACUCCCCCGCACUGAAAAGCGCACAGGAGGUGCUGUUCUUUGCUGUGAGAUCAGGCCCCUUUUAAAGCACUUUCAGGCUGUAGGUUUUCACAUCUAGAAACAUUCCUCUCCCAGCUCUUUUGUGACACUAAAUUGAAAAGGCACAGGCUGACUGUGCACAGCAGCAUGCAAUGAGGGUCUUACUAAAAUCCUGGUUCUUUAGCACAAGGUUUUUCUACCGAUAGGUGGCUGGGUUUCUUUUUAAAGUGACCAAGUUUUCUACUAGAAAUUCUUACUUUUCUUUUGUUCUCACUUGUGUAACAAUCAGGUCAGGAAGAGUUUUUUGUUUUUGUUUUUUAAUAGAGUAUAUGGGUACUUUCUUGAUGAAUUUGGCCAUUGGAAGAGGAGUGCUUGCCCCACACUCAGGGGCAAUGUCAGCUCACCUCUCGUUUGAAAUCCCUGGUGGUCAGUUUCCUGUAAGCUGAGGCAAUGGAAAGACCAACCAGGGAAGUCUGUGUCUCUGAGUCAGACUUUUAAACAUUUCCAAAGUUUGUAUAAAUGUUUUACAGCGGGAUUUUAAAAAAUAAUAAUAAUCACACCACAGACAGGCCCUUGCUCAGCCUGCCUC